AUGGAUCAGAGCAGCUUUGGGAAUCUCGGAGCUGGAGAAGGGGGCAGCAGCAGCUCCAAGGCUUCUUCAUCCUUCCUGCAGCUGCAGCCACUGUCGACAACGACGGUGGCUUCCGGGCGAGGCCCGAUGGGCGGAACGUACUACGGCACGCCGCUCGCGUUGCACCAGGCCGCCGCAGCCGCCGGGUCGUCGCAGUACCAGUUCCACCACCACAAGAGCAGCGGCGAGGAGAUCUCGCAAGCGGAGGCUGAGGCCAUUAAGGCCAAGAUCAUGGCGCACCCCCAGUACACCGCCCUCCUCGUCGCCUACCUCGACUGCCAGAAAGUCGGUGCGCCGCCGGACGUGCUGGAGCGGCUGACGGCCAUGGCAGCGAAGCUUGACGCCCACCCGCCGGGCCGGCUGCACGAGGCUCGCGACCCAGAGCUCGACCAGUUCAUGGAGGCGUAUUGCAACAUGCUCGCCAAGUACAGGGAGGAGCUGACGCGGCCGAUAGAGGAGGCCAUGGAGUUCCUCAAGCGAGUGGAGGCGCAGCUCGACUCCAUCACCGGCGGUGGCCACGGCUCCGCGCGCCUCUCCCUUGCCGCUCUACAGCUUGGGUAUGGCAAAUGUGAAGGCGCUGGCUCUUCUGAGGAUGAAAUGGACGCUAGCGGGCGUGAAAAUGAGCCGCCAGAGAUAGACCCACGCGCUGAGGACAAGGAGCUCAAGUACCAGCUUCUGAAGAAGUACAGUGGCUACCUGAGCAGCCUCCGGCAAGAGUUCUCCAAGAAGAAGAAGAAGGGGAAGCUCCCAAAGGAGGCCAGGCAGAAGCUACUUCACUGGUGGGAGCUGCACUACAAGUGGCCUUACCCCUCGGAGACAGAAAAGAUCGCGCUUGCGGAAUCGACAGGGCUAGACCAGAAACAGAUCAACAACUGGUUCAUUAACCAGAGGAAACGGCAUUGGAAACCGUCUGAGGACAUGCCGUUUGUCAUGAUGGAAGGAUUCCACCCACAGAAUGCCGCUGCCCUCUACAUGGACGGUCAGUUCAUGGCUGACGGCAUGUACCGCCUUGGUUCGUGA